AAGCAGAUUAGUGCAAUGUCCAAAUUACUAGAGAAAAGAACCAAUGCUAAAGCAAGAGUAAGUUCAGCAUAAACUGAAUUCUUGUCAUAACUCACAACAAGAAGAUAUUAAUGUUAUGGACAAGCAAAUUUUAAACCGAUUGGAACUUAAACAUGACCAAAGGAAAUUGUUCAGAGACAAAAUGUUAAUCACAUAAAAGAGAUUAACUGUAAGUAUUUGUACAGUAUAGGAAUGUGGAGUUUGUUGACAUGUUCUUUCAUCUCACUCCAGAAUGUAACAAAUUGAUGCACCUAAUACCAGACAAAACUCAGCAUUGUCAUAUCAUAAUCUCUGGGACCAUUACCAUCGACUCUACAGCUGUUUGUGUACAUCAUGUUGCCCCUUAAGGAGUGGACCAGUUUGAUAAAAACCCUAAUAUCUAUCUCAGCUUUUAAACUCUCUUUGUGAUAGAAAGUUUCUGCUAUCAACCACAUCUAAAUAUAACAAAUUGCAUAUUUUAAUAUGUUCACCAACUUCAUAUAUGUAACUUUCUUCGUCCUUCCAUUCUCAAUUGAUCAUAAUAGAAGUUUCAACUUUAAGAUAAUCACUACAUUGCAUUGCGACAAAUAAACUCCGGAUUCGCAUAGAUCAUUGGCAACACUAUGGAAGAAGUCAAAUCUCACAAGAUAUUAGAUGGAAGGUAAGCAUGCUUGCAAACUCCGAUGCCUCCAGGAACGCACCAGCCGGCACAUCCUCCCUCACGGGGAAGGAUGGGACCGCCGUCUGCGCCUGGGACAGCCUUGGAAACUCCUUGCUCCUCCACCUCCCCCUGCGGCGCCACUUCAGUUCGGCCUUUCAUCGAGCACGUUAGCGCCGGCCUUGGGACGAGUCUCGCAACCGAACAACCCCGGCCCCCUUGCGUCAAAGGAGCGCCGCAAGGGAUGCGAAGGCGAAGGCCGUGUCUGGAGUGUAGGAGGAGACGAGGGUGAAGUGCUCCAUUAACGACCAAGUACAGCAGUAGCAUAAAGCCACUUCGGGAGUGUAGAAAUGGAAGAGGUGGUCUUCGUCUACCGAGUACAUUAGGUCGAUCAGGGUCACACUUGGGUCCAUCAAAUCGACUAUAUAUAUAUAUAUAUAUAAUCACCGCCGGACGGCAAAAGGAUGAGGUGGUCUUCUUCUAUUUGGUCCGAACAGGUCAAUUCGGCGGAACAAUUGGGUGCAUCAAUUUGGCUCUACACAUCUGAAAGAAAUCACUACGCAAACGGCCUAUUAAUACAACACAUUUCUUGGCUACGGUCGUCGUCCUCAAACUCCUCCCCACCGCUCCUCUCUCUCCCUCAUUCCUUCUCCUCCUCUCCUUCCCACUCUCUCUCUCCCCCUCUUUCCCUCUUCCCAUCCUCUAAUUGCACCCUUCCCUCGCUCUAAAUGUCUCUGUCUCUCUUUCUCCUUCUCUGCUUCCUCCACCCACGCCAACCCAGGGGGGAGCAGCACUUUCAUCAUCUAAUUAUCCCAUUGCCAGAUUACAGUGAAGAGGAAGAACCUCGUUGACAUGGCCAGCUAUCCCCUGGUGGCAAGUUUCGCGGCCUUGGUCGCUGUCCUACUCCUCGCGGCCCCUGCCACCGCCAAGCUCACCACCCUGUACUAUCAGAAGACGUGUCCCAAUGUCGAGAAGAUCGUGUCGGAUGUGGUAACAACCAAGCAGAUCAGCACCCCCACCACCGCCGCCGGCGCCCUCCGCUUGUUCUUCCACGACUGCUUCGUCGGAGGCUGCGACGCCUCCGUGCUCGUGUCGAGCAACGCCUUCAACCGCGCGGAGCGCGACGCCGACGACAACGUCUCCCUCCCCGGUGAUGGCUUCGACGCCAUCGUCCGUGCUAAGACCGCGCUCGAGCUGCAGUGCCCCGGUGUCGUCUCCUGCGCGGACGUCCUCGCCCUCGCCACCCGCGAACUUGUCCUCAUGCUCGGCGGGCCUUUCUACCGCGUCCGCCUCGGUCGUAAGGAUGCCCUCACCUCCACCGCCGCCUCCAUCACAGGCAACCUCCCCGGCCCCAACAUGACCGUGGACCAGCUCAUCUCCCUCUUCGCGCGCAGGCACUUCACCGUGCAGGAGCUGGUCGUCCUUUCCGGCGCCCACACCGUCGGCUUCUCCCACUGCAGCCAGUUCGCCUCGCGCAUCUUCGGCUACAACGGCGGAGCGCGCGACGCCCACGACCCGGCCAUGAGCCCACAGUUCGCACAGGCGCUGCAGAAGGCGUGCGCCAACUACGUGAACAACCCAACCAUCGCGGCUUUCAACGACGUGAUGACGCCCGGCAAGUUCGACAACAUGUACUACCAGAACCUGCUGCGAGGACUGGGGCUGCUGGCCUCCGACCAGGCGUUGGCGUUAGACCCGCGGACAAGGCCCUUCGUGCAGCUCUACGCCGCCAACCAGACGGCCUUCUUCAACGACUUCAGCCGCGCCAUGGAGAAGGUCAGCGUGCUCGGCGUGAAGGCGGGACGCAAGGGCGAGGUCCGGCGGCGGUGCGACGUGUUCAACAACCUCACCACUUGAAUCAUUGAUUGAUGGCUUGACUGUGGAUUGCGUCUGAAUCAUCGAGCUUGAUGACAUUGGUUUGAGA